AUGUUUUUUACCGAUAGCCUCAAAAUCGAUAUUAUAGGAAUCUUUUUAGCACUUGCGAUUGCUUUAUUGACAUGGCACAAAUGGACUCUGGGGUACUGGAAACGUAAGGGAGUACCAGGUCCAGAACCAGCAUUAAUUUUUGGUAAUGUGAAGGAUCUGUUUAUGGGUAAAAAGACAAUUGGUGAAAAUUACAAAAGAAUGUAUUUUGAAUUAAAGUCCAAAGGUCUUCGACAUGGAGGAGGAUAUUUCAUGGGUUCACCAACUUAUAUACCAAUUGAUCUAGAAAUCGUCAAAUCUAUUUUGCAAAACGAUUUCCAGCAUUUCCACACUCAUGGCGUUUACUAUGAUGAAAAAAUCGAUCCACUAUCGGCAAAUGUAUUUAACUUAGAUGGUCCAAAAUGGAAAGAAAUUCGUUCUAUAGUUUCACCAACGUUUACGGCUGGAAAGCUCAGAAUGAUGCAACCCACGAUUGUAGAAUGCUCUGUCGUUUUAGAUAAAAUACUCGAGGAAUCCGCUGGGAAAAAUCCAAUUGAUAUAAGAGAUAUUAUGAAUAGGUUCACUAUUGAUGUGAUUGGUUCAGUAGCAUUUGGACUUGAAAUUGACAGCUUGAGAAAUCCCAAUAAUACCUUCCGAGUAUACGGUUCAAAAGCACUGGAACCUACACUUUCCAAUAUUCUUAGGUAUUUACCAAUGGUGCUUCUUUCAGUGGAGACUCUAAGAAAAUUAAAAUAUAGUCCUCUAUCAGCAGAUUUACGACAUUUCUUUUAUAAUAUGGUAGAAUCUACAGUAAAAUACAGAGAAGAGAGUAAAGUGGUUAGAAAAGACUUUAUGAAUUUGUUAGUAGAAUUAAAAAACAAACCAAAUUCUGAAAAUAAAGAAACACAAGGUCGUUUAACACUGAACGAUAUAGCAGCACAAUGUUUCAUAUUUUUUAUAGCCGGUUUUGAAACGUCUGCAUCGACAAUCAAUUUUGCGUCUUACGAACUAGCUACUAAUCCGGAUAUUCAAGAAAAAACUCGAGAAGAAAUUAAUCGGGUAUUAAAAAAGUAUAACAACGAACUAACCUAUGAUGCAGUAAUGGAAAUGGAGUAUUUAGAGCGAGUUAUUCAAGAAACAUUAAGAAAGUAUCCACCGCUUCAAUACUUAUUUAGGAGAUGUACGAAAAACUACAAGGUUCCCGGCGAACCAGGCAUAGAAAUUGAAGAUGGAACAAUCGUAAUGAUUCCAAUUCUUGGAAUACAUUAUGAUCCAGAGUAUUAUACUAAUCCAGAAAAAUUCGAUCCCGACAGAUUUACCGAAGAAGAAAAAAGAAACAGACCUCCUUUUUCGUGGCUUCCGUUUGGAGAAGGUCCUAGAAUAUGUUUAGGUAUGCGAUUUGGAAUGAUAGAAACGAAAAUGGGAAUAAUCAGUUUAUUGAGGAACUUUAAAAUUACCCUUAAUGAAAAAACAGUAUCACCUAUUCGUUAUUCAACAACUGGAUUGGUGGCUACUUGCAAAGGAGGCAUUUGGCUCGAUCUUGAGAAAAUAUCGGCACAUAAUUAAACAAGUAUUAUAAAUGAAAAAGACGUUGUAUAAACAAUAUAAUUUUUCAAGAGCGCUCAGAAAAUUCCUCCUCAUUACACGAAAUUCAGUUUACAAAGAUGUACUUUUCCGC